AUGGAGCCUGAAGAGUUCCGAGGAGGUGAUCAGUGUUUCUCUUCUUGUUAUUCGGAUUGGCGAUGUACCAACGAUCAAGACAAGUGUUCCUUUUCAAGCACCAACAACAUCGACUGCUACACAGAAGUUAAAAGGCAUGUUGUUCGAAGUUUAUUUUAUACAAGACCUUGUCAGAGCGAAUUUGCUGGGAAAAGGUUUUAUAGUCAUCUAUGGCAAAAUGAAAUUAAUAAGCCUUUUCUUGUUUUGUUCUCAUCUAACAUUUCUUCUGAUAAACGGACAUUUUUCACAAUUCCUAAUUUAACACCAUUUUCCAACAAACGAAAAGAAUAUUCAGAACGGAGAUUAUUAGGUUAUUCCAUGGAGCAGAUGUUCACUGUAGUUUCGGAAGUGGAAAAUUACCCAGAAUUUGUACCAUGGUGUAAAAGUGCUCGGAUCUUUCAUAGUCGACAAAACUUCUUCAAAGCCCGGUUAGAGAUAGGAUUUCCACCUCUCCUAGAGAGCUACACUUCCGUUGUAACUUUGGCAAAACCUCAUCUUGUAAAAUCUGAGUGUACAAAUGGUAGAAUGUUUAAUUUACUCUUAACAACUUGGCGGUUCCGACCAGGAUUGCCUAAUAAUGAAAACACCUGCAUGCUUGACUUCUCAGUUGCUUUUGAGUUCAGAUCUGCCCUCCACUCACAGUUUUCAACACUCUUUUUUGAUGAAGUUGUUAAGCAAAUGGUGAAAGCUUUCUUGAAACGAGCUUACACCAUUUAUGGACCAGAAAGUAUAAAGAGCCAGAGUCCCAAAAUUUUAAAAUAUGUCUCUUGA